AUGACAAUGAUAGUGGGAUGGUAUGAUGUAAAUGUUUUCAUUCGUCUAACCAAUGAAGGAACUUCAUAUUACGUGCAUUUACCAUCAAGCAAUAAAUCUGAUUUUGUUCAAAAUAUGUGUAAUAAUAUUGCCUCAGCUAUUAAUUGUGAUACUUCGCAAAUAACAAUGCCGAUACAUUAUCAAUACAGUAAAGAAAAUGAUCAAAUUUUUAUGCGCGUUAAUAUCGCCAAGGGAAAUGAUAGAAUAGCAUCUACCCUUGCUAGUGAAUUAAAUGAGGCGAUCACGUACAAGUAUAAUUCGGCAAUUUCAAAUGGCACCGUCUCUCAUUACAUUGAUCAAUCUAAUGGUGCUUGGCUAAUGCGGCUUGCAUUGUUAGGUCUUAUAUGGUGCUAUACAUGUCGCAGUCGCUUCAGAGGGGAAUUAUCUGGAAAAAAGAUUAGACGACAAUAUGUAAUGCGCAACUUCUUUACCAUCUUGGUGUCUGCGUUAAUAGUGAUGGACUUUGUAUUGGACAUUUUGUUUAUUGUUUUUCAUAGAAAGGACGAAAAAUGGAUUACGCUUGUCAGUUAUGAGCUUAAAGAGAAUUUACCAUAUAAAAAAUGGUGGGAAACAAAUAGUCACACUGUCCUAGCUUUAACACUUUUAUCUGGACUUGAUAAUGAAGCUUUAAUCGUGGCAUCUUCACGUAUCGGUAUCCUUCGUACACUAAAUGCACCUUAUUCACCAGAAGCAGAAAAAUGGAUUAUGAAUGCUACUGCUUUCAUUAUAUUUAUCGAAGACGUGCCUCAAUUUAUAUUUUUGACUGUUUAUCAAAAUGUUACUAUCAUCCCGGCCAUUGUUCCUAUUCUUACACUUUUUUCAUGCCGGAUCCUCAUCUUUAUUAGAGUGAUAUCAAUUAUAUAUCGUGCAUUCUUUAGUAUACAAGAAUAUCAAUACGAUGAAGAAUAUGAUGAAGAAAUGGACGAAGAAGGGAUAAGUGACAUUAAUGAUGUUGAAAACCCAAUAGAAAAAUACACCGAAAAUCAAUUCAUGGACUUAUCAGGCGAGAGCAAUUUCCAAAGUAAAAGAGCGCAUUAUGUAGAUGAAAAAGGCAUUGUCCACGCCAGGCGAGGGCAUAUUUAUGUUCCUGAAUCAAUUGCUCCUGCUGAAAAUAUUAUUAUUUAA